CGGGUCAUAGAGGAGCAGAAGUUCACUCAGGCAGUGUUAAGGUUUGCUAAGACACCAGAGGAAGGAAGAGGCAAGACCAAGACUCAAAGAUAUUUCGUAGCUAACAUCUGACCCCACAGCAAGCACUCUGACGUGAAUCGAAAGGUUUUAUGACAGACUUUGUGCAUAGAAAAAGAAGAGAAAGAUCAAGAUAAAUUGAGGAACUAAAUAAGAUAUAUUUCAUUGUUGGGAUAUGUGUAUCAGAGCCAUGGAAAACAAACUGACCCUGAGAUUCAUCUUUCUCUUCAGCAUCUGUCUUACAAGAAGUCUUGCGUCAGGAGAAGAUUCCAGAACAUCUCUUCAUGCUAACAACACACUGUCAUGCUCUGCUUCAACUGCUGGAAAGCUUACAGUUUGCAGGAAUGAAUCUGUUGAAUUGGAGACCACUGUCACCUUAAAGUGCACCAACACAAAGAUCGCAUGGGAUGACUUGAUUUUUGUCAUCUGGAAAAUUAAUUUGCAAAACAAAAAAUGUUUCAUUGCUGUGGCUAAAAAUGACUCAGACCUCGACAGCUGUAAUGAUGGGAAAAAGCUGACCCACACAGCAGAUGGAACGUAUCACCUGAUCAUCCCAAAUUUUUCCAUCCAAGAUGAAGGAAAUUACACCUGUGACUUUUCAUACCCAUCAGGUGGUUCGAUUGAAAUAAUCACAGUCUCUGCAUGGGCCCGUCCAAAUGUUUCUGGCUGGCUGGAAUAUGAGCACGGACACACUGUCGCUGUGUGUGAAGCUACAAGUAAACAACAAGCCUCCAUCCAAUGGGAAACACCAUGGAACCUGUCCGCUCCCAUCACACAAGUAUCUGAGACUCCAGGGCAGCUUUCCACAGUGAUUAGCCGCUUACAUCUUCCUCAACAUGCUUCUCAUAGAAACCUCACUUGUGUGGCCACUGCCAAUGACUUCAAGCACUCCAAGACUCGAUUUAACAACUUCACGUUUAGAGAUACACAUGUUGGAAGGUUCUUUAUUCUUGUGGGAAUUUGUGUUACAUGCGCCAUCAUUGCUUCAUUAACUGGACUCUACAUCAUGCACAAAAAAGUCAUAAAGCUUCGAAACCUUUGCUGUAAACCUGAUACACAACAGCCUAACGAUCCUGAUGAAUUGCAGCACUACGCCACGUGUGGGCCAGGAGCCAUCUACAACUCUCUGUGGACCCCUUCAGUGCUUGAAACACAUGAUCACACACACACAUACGAAAGUAUCUCAACAAAAUUUCAAUAA